GCAAUCUCCUUCACCAGUAGAAAUGAGACAAUCUCUUUCUCCAUUAGAUACCAGACGGUCCCAUUCUCCAUCUGGAAACAGGCAGUUACAUCCUGCAGCAGAUACCAGGGAGUCCUAUACUUCAGCUGAUAUGAGGCAAUCUCCUUCACCAGUAGAAAUGAGACAAUCUCUUUCUCCAUUAGAUACCAGACGGUCUCAUUCUCCAUCUGGAACCAGGCAGUCACAUUCUGCAGCAGAUACCAGGCGGUCCUGUUCCCCUACAGACUCCAGGCAUUCUGUUUCUCCAGCAGAAACCAGGCAGUCAUGUUUUGUGCCAUAUACCAGAAGCCCAUCUCCCUCAGCAAGUGCCCAGCACUCCUCUUCUCCAGUAGAUAAACAGUGUUCAUCUUCCCCAGCAGAUAAACAAUUUUCUUCUUUACCAGAUAUCAGGCAGGCAGUUUCCUCAUCGGGUGCCAGGCACUCAUCUUCUGUGAAGGAAAUCAAGCAGCGAUUUUGCCCAACAGACUCCAGGCAGCCAUCUUCCCCAGUUGAUGUUAGGUCUUCUUCUUCUUCCCCAGAGUCAAGAAGCUUCUCUCCCACAUCAGAUGGGAGGCGUUCACGCUCUCUCAGUCCACGCAGAGAGUUUACAGCUCACGGGCCUGUGUUCUCACAAGUAUAUUUCCCAGGUUCAAAGCCAAAUAACCUAGAAGAAACAGAGGUGCAAGACACUAGUAGCACUAGAAUAGUCAGAUCCCAAGGAGAUAACCACUCUUGUGAUGCUGCUAAUGUCACUACAGCUGCUGGAUUUCCAAAAGAAAACCACACAUCAAACACAAUUGGAUCCCAGAAAGACAAUCUCCCCACUUCUGUCAGUGCCAGAGUGGCCCAAUUCCAGAAUGAAAGUUGUGGGCCAAACACGCCUACUUCCAGUUCAGUCAAUGGAUCCCCAAAGGGAAGCCACAUGACCCGUACUACCAUAGUUAAAUCGCAAACAGAAAGCUACCUGUCAAGAGCUGCUAACGCUACUCUGUGCACCAAACCUUCCGGUGGAUCCCCUGUGAUGAAUUCCGUGUCCCGCUUUCUUGGCUCCAGUAGUGUAUCCGAAUCCCAAACCCAGUGGUACAACUCAAAAGGUGGUAGCACGGUUGUCUUUAGAUCUGAACGGCAAGUCAUCGUGCCCAAAGGUGAAAGUGGAACUAUGUACAGAGCAGGUCAAGAAGUUAUUGUGUCCAGUUCUGGGCCAGGGAGGGUAAGUAAAUCCCAGCAACAGAAGGGCCUUAUGCCAAACACUGCUGACAACGUGGCACCAAAAGAAAACCAUCACCAGCCACAGGAUGACCUCACCGAUGCCAGGUCCCCUAAAAUAAGCCUCACAUCCAUCGCUGGUGUUUGCAACAGCUCCCCAGCAGAGCCACAACCACAAAGUUGCAUGACUCAACCCAGAUGUACCGGUGUGAACGCUGCCCAAAGGCAAAGGUGUAUGCUUGAACCGAGCCCUGCAAUCUCAUCAAACAGUGAUGCUACCACAUGUGAGGAGGGAGCAGUUCAUUUUAGCACACCCCAAAGUGACUGCAGCAUACACAACAAAGCUGUAUUUCAAAAGCACAGCAGCUUAGAUGCAGCAAGCAAAUCCGAGAAGGUAGGAAGUAUGCCUGAUUCAGGGGGCCCUAAAGCAAGAGGAUCAAAUAAGGAGAGUCAUCUGUCAAGAGGAGAGAAGGUUACUGCUUCUGGAUUCAAAAUAACUUGGCGCACAUCUGGUGUUGGAGGAACUGCAGGAGAAAGCAGCAUGCCAGUAGCCUUACUAGGAUCUCAGGAAACUGCUCCAGAGGAUCAGAAAGUCACCACCCAGACUGAGCUGAAGAAAGAAUGGAGUGAUCCAUCCAAGGAGGCCCUUGUCUUUGCAGAAGAAAAUCUUAUGGAGACAGACUCUUCCCAUGACCCCCUGAACCAGGAAACAGGAAGGAACGACACAAGAACAGAAGAGGAACCCGAGGAAUCUGUUGACAUGGAACUUUUUGUGGACACUCUACGCAACAUGGAGCCUCUUGAACUCUGCAAGCCAUUGAAGAUUCACCUGAGGCCACCACGGCCUUCCACACUCGCCAAGCAGGCUGCCUUGCCACCGAUCCAUGAGUACCGUGUCACUCCCAAGUCCAAAGUUCCUCUCCCAGCUGCUCUUGGCGAGCUCUUUGCCCUCACUGAAGAGAGGAACUCAGAGAUAGAGAAGGAAUCCAAGAAGUUAGACAAUGGAUUUGCAGAAGAGAUUGAGGAGGUAGAGAAUCCAUAUCUUACUGAGGAUGAGAAGUCACAGGCCAAGAAAGCCUACCCAUGGGAAAACAAGCCAUACAAGACUGAGGAAGAGAUAGGCGCAUUCUUGGGAAAGCUGCAGCAAGCCUCUGUGGAGUACAAAGUCAUAGCUCCUAAAGCAACGGUGAAUCAGACCAAUCUGAUCAGGGCCAACAUUCUCAAAGGGGCCUCACUUUUGUGUGGUUUUGUGGACAAGAAGGCUAUGGAAGAUAAGCCUUAUUCCCGCUUGGACAACAGCUUCCUUUACAGCAAGUUCAUCACCCCUGAGAAGUCCCAAUUCAAAGCCCCGGAGAACGGGAAGGAUGGGACCAGCUCACCUAUGCUGCCGAUGGUUCUAAAGGUCAACCGGGAAUGCCAGACGCCUCCAAAUGGGCCACAAGUUGGCACAAAUGAACAUCUGAGCUCUGAGUCAUCACUGGCUGGGUUCCAAGUUCACUCUUCCUCCAGGACUCCAUCUGCAAAGAUUGGUUCCAGUCAGAUUCGUCUCCUUUCCAAGGAGGGACAUUUUCUUCCCCAGACACCAUCCUGCUUGGAAAUUCAGCCAAAGGAGGACAGAGUUCUGAAGAUUAACGUGCGACCUGGGAAGAUCAUCCUGUACUCUCAGGCAGACUUUGGGGGAGAGAAGAGAGAAAUCUGGGGUGAUAUUAUAGAUGCUACAGCCUGGGACCUUUCCCACACCAUCUCUGUCCAAGUUAUCCGAGGAGGCUGGGUGAUGUAUGAGAAACCUCGGUUCCACGGGCGCAAGUGUGUGCUGGCAGAAGGCGAUGUAGAGAUCACCAACCCUUGGAAAAUGUACCAUAAAGAAGAAGAAGUAGUUGAGAAUACGUCGUUCCGUAUUGGUUCCCUCAAGAGGGUUGUACAGGACUACAGGAUUCCUGAGAUCAGUUUGUUUAUGGAAGAAAAUGGGGAAGGCCCAAAACAGAGGUUCACUGAUUCCUCAGAGGACUUGCGGACUCACGGCCAGCCUUUGAAGACAGCCUCUAUCAUUGUACACUCUGGCCUGUGGCUUGUUUAUUUGAAACCAUUCUUUGAUGAUGACCCGUACAUCUUGGAGCCAGGUGGAUAUCCCAAUUUGCAAGCCUGGGGGGCAAAGGACCCCUCCAUCUGCUCCAUGCAUCCAAUUAAGCUAGGUUGUCCUGUCGUAGAGAAACCCAGGGAGCCCAAGGCUAUGAUUUAUGAGAAGCCACAUUUCCAGGGCUUUUGCUGGGAAGUGAGUCGUGAUAUUUAUGAUUUAAAGAAGCUGGAAAACAAUGAAGACUUCCAGAUGGCCACUGUGGGGUCUCUGAAAAUUGUGGGGGGCUGCUGGGUUGGUUAUGAGAAGGAAGGUUUCCGUGGCCAUCAGUACUUGCUGGAGGAGGGAGAGUACCUUGACUGGUCCCAGUGGGGAGGCUACAAUAAACAACUGGUGUCCCUUCGGCUGAUCCGGACGGAUUUUUUGGACCCGACACUUAUCCUGUUUGAGGCCGUGGACUUCAAAGACGGCCCCAGUGUUGAGCUCUGUGAAGCCAUGCCAGAUGUUAAGCUGGCUGGUUAUGGGACCACAACACAGUCCAUCCAUGUACUGAGUGGCGUGUGGGUGGCCUAUGAAGACAGGAAUUUCUCAGGGGAGCAGUACAUCCUAGAAAAGGGUGUGUACCGCAGCUGUGAAGACUGGGGAGCUGGCAGCUGCAAGAUCUCCUCCAUACAGCCCAUCCUUCAGGUUGGAGAACACAGUCUACAAUACAUUUCUGUGAUCCAACUUUUCUCGGGCCCAGAAUUCUCAGGGGCUGAGAUGUCAUUCAAUGAAGACCAGUCUUCUUUGCCAGACCUUUUCAUUCCUCGCUCCUGCAGGGUCUAUGGAGGCAGCUGGAUUCUCUAUGACAGCCACCAUUUUGAGGGUGAGCAGCAUGUGAUCUCCGAAGGCGAGUAUCCAACGCUGACGUCCAUGGGCUGCCUCUCUGCCACAGCGAUCUGCUCCCUGAAGAAAGUCCCCCUUUUCUUUUCUGAGCCCUCCAUCUACCUGCAUGGGCUGGAAUGUUUUGAAUGGAAAGAGAUUGAACUGAACAGCGAAGUGCGCAGCCUGCAGGCUGAGGGAUUCAACAACCAUGUGCUCUCUGUGCGGGUAAAGGGAGGCAUAUGGGUGCUGUGUGAACACAGCGACUUCCGAGGCCGCCAGUGGUUGCUGGACUGCGUGGAGAUCACCAACUGGCUGACAUACAGUGGGCUUCAGCACAUUGGAUCCCUUUAUCCCAUCAGGCAGAGGCGGGUUUUCUUCCGAAUGAAGAACACAGAGCUGAAGUCCUUCUUGUCUGUCCCGGAUGAUGUGGAAGACAUGAAAGCAGGACGUGUGCUGGUCUCAGAGCUCAACGACCGGAACAGCUCUAUUUGGUACUACGAGGAGGGACUUCUGAAGAACCAGAUUGCUCCUGGCAUGAGUCUGCAAGUGAUUGGUCCAGGCAAGAUAGGUACCAAGGUGGUAUUAUGGUCCGAGACCCGAAUGCCCCGGCAGACAUGGCGAAUUGAUUCUUUUGGGAGGAUCUGCAGCCAGAUGUUUGAUAACAUGAUUGUAGAUGUGAAAGGCGGACAAGCUUAUGACCGGGAUCACGCCAUCCUCUGGGAUCCACUCGAUGAAAGACCCACACAGAUCUGGGAUGUUCAGAUGCUCUGAAGAAAGCAGAGACGGGAGGGCAUGUGUCACACACAGAACUGGAUUUUACUGGGGGUGAUACAGAUGCUUGUCCUUGCGUGACCAAUGUUUAUGAGCAAAAUGGAGGUUUGUGUGGUUUGCAGCCUCAAAUCAGCAAAGGCAAUCCUUUCCCCACAGAUCACAGCCCGGAAAGGCAUGAUGCUUCUAUAUGUGGACCCAGAAGGGACUUCUCUCUAGAGUUUCUUCAUUCUUCCUUGGAUGGGCCUGUGUUGGGGAAAAGAGGGGUUGUCCCCCCC